AUGUUUGUUCCCAUCCGUUAUAAGCUGGAGGACAGCGCGGCGCGGGCCAGCCCCGGCGCCAGCCCACACGACGAGCCCGACGAGCCCGCCGCGCCGCCCGAGCCCGCGCCCGACGCUGCGCCUGACGAUAAGCCCAAACUCGACACGAGAAGGAAAUCUACCACCUGGAAGAAUUUCAAUCUGAAACGACAACUCUCUAAAGUGGAUCUCAAGUUCAAGGCGGCAUUUGCGGCGCCCACCGAGAAUAAUACCGAGGAGAUCAAUGCAGAGAAAAGCAACUCCCAAUUCUAUUGCGAAGCCCCGGAUCGGGCGCCAGUAGGAGCGCCGGAGCGAGGGCCUGAGCCGAGCGCCGGCGAGUCGCCGCCGGGGGACAUGUACGAGCGCAUGCACCGCGAGCUGCAGGAGCGCUGGAUCGAGCAGGACGCGCCGGCGGGGCCCGGACUGGCGCCCGGCGGCGCGGCGCGGCCCGACUGCCUGGCGCUGGGCCCCCGGCGCCUGCUGGGCGUGCCGCGGCGCGAGCGGCCCGGCGCGGGCUCGCUGGGCGGUCUCAUGCGCCGCUUCAGUAAGUAUGGCAGCAUCACUCACGCAUCACCGACGCCGGGUCCACGGUCUCCGUUGCUAGCACUAGUCGUUCCUCGCUGUACUAGAAGUAGUUGCGUCCUCCGACUGGAAUGGUAA